AUGGCGUUCCGAAAACCUCAGUUCCUCCGGGAGAUGACGAUUCGCAUGCUGCGGAUAUAUCUCUUUGCAUCGAUUGGUGCGAUGAACUUUGGCUAUGACAACAAUUGGUGGUCCGGAGUUAUUGGAGCACAGAGCUUCAUCGAUCAUUAUGGGAGGGAUAACGGCCCCAACAACCCAAGGACUCUUCCCUCUUCUUGGCUCUCUGCUGCAAGCGGAACACCUAUCGCGGGUUGGAUUGUGGGCUGUCUGACUGCGGGCUACGUAACCAGCAGAUUUGGCCGCAAGAAGACGAUGGUCAUCAUUUGUCUAAUAGCGCUAGUCGGUAUGGUGAUACAGUGCGCCGUCCGCAAUUACUGGGCCUUGAUGGUGGGGCGACUUAUCAACGCAGUGUCCAUGGGAAUUGAGGCCAAUACGGUCCCUAUGUACAUGGCCGAACUUGCACCAGCAUCGAUUCGCGGCGGUCUUGUCAACUUCUACCAAACUUGGUUGUAUGUUGGAGCUAUCUUGGCAUCUGCGCUUGUGUAUGCCUCCACCAAACAUUUCCAAGGGCAAUGGGCGUACAUGUUGCCCAUUGUCGUCCAGCUAUUGCCUCCUGUUAUGCUGCUCUGCUCGGUGUGGUUCAUCCCUGAAUCUCCCCGCUGGCUCUUGCAGAAAGGGAGGCGGGACGCUGCCCACAAGGCCUUUUUCUAUAUCCACGAGCACAGUGCGGCGAAAGACCAAAUCGCUCUGGAACUGGAUACCAUAGAACGUGCCAUGAUUCUGGAGUUUGAAAAUCACCGGGCUACAAGCUACGCAGACUGUUUCAAGGGAUCCAAUGCACGGCGAUCCCUUGUUGCUAUUGGUGUUCAAACACUCCAACAGGCCCAAGGCAACUCAUUUUUCACCUCUUAUCUUGUUAUCUUUUUAAAACAGGUUGGCGUGCAGGAGCCGCAGCUUAUCGCAUGUGCCAAGAUCUGUUGCUGUUUGGCCGGUUGCUUUGCCGCCUUCUACCUCACCGAUAAGAUCGGGAGACGGCCGAUGCUGAUGGGCGGCUCCUUCUUCAUGGCAGGACUGAUGAUGACUGUCAGUGGUCUUGCCAGUUGGACUCCCGGCGGCGUUUCUGGUGCAUCUGCCCAGGGUUGCAUCGCAGCCAUCUUACUGCAUGGCGUAUUCUCAGCUGCUACAUGGGGCUCAACAAUGUGGACUGUAACCACCGAGGUUGCAACCACACAGCUUCGCGAACGGACCAUCGCGCUGGCUACGGUCAUCGGUUUCGUAGCGAGCCUGUUGAUCACAUACAUUAACCCGUUCAUCCAAAACGAGCCUGGAAAUCUCGGAACCCGAGUUGGAAUGAUCUACGGCAGCAUCUCCUUGCUUUCAAUGGCAUUCGUAUUCCUCUUCGUCCCGGAGAUGAAGCAUAAGAGCUUGGAAGAGCUUGACCAGCUAUUCCAUGCAAAUAUCCCUGCCUGGCGAUCUCAUCACUUUGUUAUCACAGCGUCCACUACCAAAAUCUCCGACAUAGAAGCACCUGAGCUAGACGAUCCUACUAAGGUUGAUGAUGUUAUCUACAAGAAUGCACGAGAUGCCAAAUUGGCCAAGACAACAGCCUCGGAAAGCUAG